GUAAGUUGGUCGAGCGAACAACGAACAGCGCAGAACAGCGGAAACGGAAGCGAGCCGAGAGCACACAGCAGCCAGGAGCGAAGAAAGACGAGGCUUCCAGCAGAGAGAGAGACAGACGUCGCGGGUGUAGAAUUACAAAAUAAUAAACAAAACACAAAAUCCACCAAAUAAUUAUUUGUAGUGCCACGAAAAUUUCGAGUGACAUUUUCGCCACAAAUCAAUCGAUCGAGCUCGAUUUGAAACCUGAUUUGUAGUGUUCGAUCGUGUUCAAGUGUGUGUGUUUUUGAGUGUGUUUAAGCCAUGGGUUCUGGCCGUGCAAGCGAGAUAGAGCGAGAACUCUGAUUCGAUUCAAUUCGAUUGGAUUCGAUUCGCUUUAAUUCGAAUUCAAUUACAAAAUCCACCGUAGUGUCAAUUACAAACAACCGCAAAUACAGAUAUCAUAGCCAGCGAGUGAGUUUGGUUGGCAAGAGAUACCACCAAAGAUCCGAAGAUCUAGAGAUCCAGAGUUCCAGUUAAAAGCCACAUAAAUCAUGCCUGCGACACUGAUGUGGCUGCUGCUGCUAUCUUACGUUGCCGUUGCAACUGUCGGCGGCACGCGACUGCCUCUGGAAGUGUUUGAGAUCACACCGACUUCAUCGGCGGCGGAGGAUAAGCACAAGGCUUUGGAAUACACUGUCUAUGAUGCCAAGGAUCUAGCUGCCGCAGGAUCUUUGGGAGGUGUAGCCUCCUCUUCCAGUACAGUAAAGCCUGAAACUACGCUAACAGUGGUUAAUAUUCCAACGGCAGAGCAGGAAUCGCGGCGACAUGCGCGGCAAAUGUUGCAGAAACAGCAGCAACAUCGUAGCGGCAAUAGCAACAGGCAUGGAGGACACGGAGGAGGCGACAAGGAUCUGCGCAUUCUCUACCAAGUGGGGGACUCUGAGGAUGAUUUACCCAUCUGUGCACCGAAUGCCGUUUGCUCUAAGAUAGAUUUGUAUGAAACACCUUGGAUUGAGCGACAAUGCCGUUGUCCCGAAUCGAAUCGGAUGCCCAACAAUGUGAUCAUCCAUCAUCAUAGUCACAAUCUAGGGGGAUCGUUGGAUACUUCAAAGUAUAGAAACUACUAUGAAAGGGAGAAGUUGCUGCAGCACAAGCGUAUGCUGCUGGGCGAAUUCCAGGACAAGAAGUUCGAAAGUUUGCACUUGAAAAAGCUAAUGCAGAAGCUGGGCGCUGUCUAUGAGGAUGAACUGGAUCAGUCACCAGACUACAAUGAUGCCCUACCCUACACGGAGUUGCAGGACAAUGAGUUCCCGCGUGGAUCGGCCCACAUGAGGCACUCGGGUCAUCGGGGCUCAAAGGAGUCGCCGGCCAGUUUUAUUGGCGGCUGUCCUAGCAGUUUGGGCGUGGAAGAUGGCCAUACCAUAGCGGAUAAGACCAGGCACUACAAGAUGUGCCAGCCAGUACACAAAUUGCCAGUUUGCAAACACUUCCGUGACUACACCUGGACCUUGACAACAGCAGCCGAGUUGAAUGUCACAGAGCAGAUAGUGCACUGUCGUUGUCCUAGAAAUUCGGUGACAUAUCUCACCAAAAGAGAGCCCGUAGGCGAGGGCAGUCCCGGCUAUAGAUACCUCUUUGCCUGCUCUCCUGUCACGCGCCUUCGCUGUCAGCGGAAGCAACCCUGCAAGCUGUUCACGGUACGAAAGCGCCAGGAGUUCCUGGACGAGGUGAACAUCAAUGCCCUGUGCCAGUGUCCCAAAGGACACCGCUGUCCCAGCCAUCACACGCAGUCGGGUGUGAUAGCCGGCGAGAGUUUUCUGGAGGAUAAUAUACAGACCUAUUCCGGUUACUGCAUGGCCAACGAUUGAGCAGUUUAAUUGGGAUCAUCAUUCCACAAACACAAAAACAAAAAACCAUUGUAAAGGAGGACAGAUUUGAGCGGGGAGAGCAGCUAUUAUAUAGAUAUAUCGACUGAGCCAAUUGAGUCUCGCCAAGUUACCAAUUAAUUAAAAUGAGAAGAAAAAGAUAACGGAUAAUCGAACAAAUACAAAUGCCUAGAACUUAAAAUGCACAGAUUCAGAUGCGUGCGUUUUUUCAUUGCUACCAAAUUUUGGUCAUAAAACGUAUGAUAUAAAUAUUUAAUUAGUUUUAAGAACCGAUAUAUGUGCGCAGUUUGUUAUACAAAAUAAUUUGUAAUGAAUAUUUAUGAAAAAACGAAACACAAGAGCAGAGCCAGAGCCCAGCAGCAGGGAGGUUCGCAUAUGUAAUAUAGCAACAAACUAUACUCGUAAUCUAACCCGCAUAAAUUGUAUAUAUUUCUAUAUAUGUGUAUGUGUAUGUAUAACUAAAACAGUUUCAGUUUAUAAUUUAAACGGAAACGGAAAUGACACGCAGCAUAUUUCAAAGAGCAGGACGACGACGACGAUGAUGAUGAUGAUGAUGAUGUGCCAAACGCAAGAGGUGCAGUUAGUUAUCGUAAGGAUAUAAGGAUAUACAUAUAUGUCAUUGAAUAAUUCAUAGGGCAGUUCGAAACUGUGGCAACUCUGGCAGCUGUUUUAGUGCAAUUUUUCUUGUAUGGAAUUUCCUUGAAAUUUCCCUUUCAAGGAAAUUGUAAAUUAAUCUAGAAAUUGCGCAAAGGCUUUCCAAAAAAAAAUAAAACCCCAAAAGAAUCCUUUUAUGCUACGCAAGUUAGUAAACACCCAUGACUCCUCCUACUUUAACCCCUUAACCUAACCAUAUGUACAUCGAUUGAAGCUUCAGAAAAUGUGGCAAACGAAACGAGCGAUGUUUAAGUUUAAACACUUGUAAAAAGGCAACAAAUAAAUUUUAAUUUAUAAAAAAAA